AUGCGCGCCGGCAGGAACUUCCCAAAGCGCAGUGUCAACUGCGGGAGGUGGCGGCAAAUGUGGGUGGUGCUUGCGGUAGUGCUUUUUGCAUGCAUCGCACCGUGUAUCGCAAUUACUGUUGCCGCAGAGGACGUUCUAAACCAUCCUGCAGAGUCAGGCCAGAAGAGUUGCGCCGAUGGGGUGAAGGCGUACCUGCUGCAGACCUCGACAAAGCGUGCGGAGGUCGAGGCGUGGGUGAGGAGGGCACGCGCCGAGCUGAAUGAGGCACGCAGCAUCUUGGAGGAGGAGAAAAGCGGCGAGCGGAGGCCAAGCGGUAAUACACAACGGCGUCUCAAAGCCGCAUGGGCUAAAUUUGAAUCAGCAUCGGAGGUGGCGCGGAAGUUCGACGAGACGGUGCUGAAUUCCCAUGGUAACCUGCCGCACGAAUGUAUUCGUGAGGUGAAUGCGCUGUCGGCUACGGAUCCCGAUGCCGGUAACUGGGCUGGACAGGCGAUGUAUCUUCUGGAAAAGACCGUACUGAACCUAAGACUUUACGGCGAGACGCUGCGUGGGGUGGUGCUGUUUAACGUGGGGGAAUAUAAUUCAGCCGCGGAAUUCUACAAGGAAGCUGCCCACUUUUUUAAUGUGAAGUCGCAAAAAGUCUAUGAGGAGAUUCAACGUCGAAAAAAAGAUCGAAAGUUUGAAGAAGAAAGCGCUGGACUGUGGGAGUUGGCAGAGUUUGCCCUGUUGUACACGCGGGCCAUGACCUUUGCGCUCGUGCCAUGGGCUAUUAUCCUUUCGGCUUGUAUCCUCCUCGUCCUCUUCGCCCCAUUCAUCCUCGCGGCGGUGCUGAUACCGCAGUUUGUCUGGCGCGUGUGGGUGCAGCUCUUCUUUUUGCACUACACCUACGGGUUAACCGUCGACGGGUUUUUUCUCUCCCUGCGGCAGUACGUGGACCUUGUCGUGCAGCGGGACUGGGCGGGGCUGCAGGAACGUUGCGUCACCGCAUUUUUUAUCUUGGUUUCCCGCGAUGACCAACCAGGGACGUUUUUUAACGGCAUCUUUGCCGCUGCGUUGGUGCUGAUCACAGUGGUGUUGAUGCUUAUUCUCAUCUACUACUGGGUGAGGCUGCCGUACGCGAUCAUUGCGUCGGAGCUUGAGCUCUGGCGAAGCAGGCAUGUAUUGAGGCAGCUGCAAAAAGAUAUGGCAGGGUCUGCGAACAUCAAAAGCAACAGCUCCGACUCCAGGGAAGCGUCAUCUGCGAAUGCGGGUGGGAAAAAGAAGGUUGACGCCCAUCCUACUGCAGCCGCACCCCGCAGUACAAAGGAGACGAAUAAACCCAAUAGAGAUGGUGGUAGCAGCAGCAGCAACGGCGGCAGCGGCGGUAACAGCAGCAAUCUGGAGAGACGCAGGAGGAAGAAGAAGGCGUAG